CGCUCUUCUAUUAUUUGCUUAGUGCAUGCAUUUCUCAGUAAACCCUUCUCUUAUUUUUUUUCGUUUCGCUUUUCCAGCCUUUUUUCUUGGUAGAUUACAUUAUUUGAUUGCGAUAACUAACCUUUAAUCACCACUAUUAAUUGAUUAGCAACGCUCCAAAACCAGCUGAACCUUUUUUCAACGUUUACACACUCUUUUCUCUCUUCAUCCGAGUCACUGUUUUCACACUCUCAUCUCUCUCUCUCUCUCCAAUCUCUGCCGCAAUCAACUCUUCGAUUUUCUCAAGGAAUUGUAGAUCUCUCUCCUUCUUCCGGAAUUCCACAUUUUUCUUCUCUGUUCCUCGAAUCUAUGGUGGUUUACCUUGCAUUCCUGGUUGCUUGUUCCUGCUUCUUCGGUGGCGAAGUGGGUGCUCUGAACGACGAAGGGUAUGCCCUUCUAACUUUCAAACAAUCUGUUCUCAGAGACCCGUUUGGGUCUUUAAGUAAUUGGAACUCCUCCGACCCGAAUCCUUGUUCUUGGAACGGAGUUACAUGCGACGAACAAAGGGUUGUGUCUGUGAGCAUCCCCAGGAAGAAACUCGUAGGUUUUCUUCCUUCGUCCCUGGGUUUACUCCUUUAUCUUCGCCAUCUGAAUUUGAGGAGUAAUGAUCUUAAUGGGAGCUUUCCCGUUGAGCUGUUUGAGGCUCGAAGGCUGCAAAGUCUGGUGCUUUAUGGAAAUUCGUUAUCUGGGUCGAUUCCAAAUGAGAUUGGGAAGCUCAAUUCCCUGCAAAGCUUAGACUUGUCGCGUAAUUUCUUGAAUGGAUCGAUCCCAGAGUCGAUUUUACAGUGUAAGAGGCUUAGGCACUUUGAUUUGAGCCGGAAUGCUCUCACCGGUGCUCUUCCCGAUGGGUUUGGUCAUGCUUUGGCUUCUUUAGGGAAGCUUGACCUCUCAUUCAAUCAGUUCAAUGGCCUAAUUCCUAGUGAUUUGGGCAACUUGACGAAUCUGGAGGGAACUCUUGAUUUGUCUCAUAACUCAUUUAGUGGCUCCAUCCCGGCUAGUCUGGGAAAUUUGCCUGAGAAAGUGUACAUUGAUCUUGCUUACAACAAUCUGAGUGGACCAAUCCCUCAAACUGGUGCUCUGGUAAACAGAGGACCAACUGCAUUCAUGGGGAACCCGAGGUUAUGUGGCCCGCCAUUGAAGUACCCUUGCUUGCCAAACUCGGGAAGUUCUCCAUCUUCUUAUCCUUUUCGUCCCCCAAACCACGAUCAUGGAGGUUUAGAUGAUAAUGGUGAAGGGUCUAAGAAAGGAAGAGGUCUAAGUAAGGGUGCCAUUGUCGCAAUUGUGGUUUGUGAUGUCAUUGGUAUCUGCCUUGUGGGAUUGCUUUUCUCUUAUUGUUACUCGAAGAUCAGUUCGAGCUGUAAUAAUGUGGAUGAGAAAGGCAAGGAAGGUAAAGAAGGUUCCUUCUGUUUCAGAGUAGAAGGAUCAGAGACCCCUUCGGAAAAUCUGGAGCUACAUGAUCUUGUUCUGUUGGAUAAACAUGUAGCUUUCGAUCUGGACGAGUUGCUCAAGGCCUCGGCUUUUGUUCUUGGG